AUGCAACCGCCAAAUUCAACUGGACAAUGGACCGAAAUACAUUGCGAUUGGUUUGCAGAGAUGCAAAGUUAUCAGAACAGUCUCUACAAAAUCAAUUUCGAUGGAUCCCCAAUAGUGCCAAUGUACGGACUUGUAUGCUCUUUCGGAGCUCUUGCCAACUUCAUUGUUCUCCUCGCUUUUGCCAGAACUGCCAAUCUCAGGAAUUUAAGAAAUAGUUUCAUUGUCAACCUGGCAUUUUCUGAUCUGAUACUUUGUGUUGUGACUGCUCCAGUCACUUUAUACACUAGUUUGAAUUUAUUUUGGCCAUUUGGAGAUUGGUCUUGCAAAUUUUUGGCUGGUGUCCAAGCGGUCAAUACAUUUGUCUCUUCACUAACACUGGCUUUCAUCGCGAUGGAUCGUGUUCUACUGACUCUUUGUCCAAUUCGAUGGAGAUUAGCAGCCACUGCUCCUCUUCUUUGCUACGUUUUUGUUUGGAUUAUCUCCAUUAUGGUAGCAUUACCAUAUGCAUUGGCAGUCAGCUCAAAACUUGCUCCAUUCGAUCCAUGGAGUGAUAGAGCUACACCAAAAAUGUUGACAUACUGUAAUCGCCAAGUCCCGGAAAUCUGCGCGGAAAUGCAAGAAGCUUGGGACAAUGCAAUCGUUUCGAAGACAACUUACACAUUUGUUGUACUUGCGAUCCAGUAUAUUCUCCCACUUGUUGCACUGGCUUUUGCUUAUUUCCAAAUUGGUUCAACUAUCCAAAAAAGAUCAAAAGUGUCUCGAACAGUCGAUACAACGAGAAGAAUGCAAAUGCAGAAUCGUAACAGGAGAGCCCUUUUAUUGCUCUUUUUGUUGGUUCUCACUUAUGCAGUUUGCUGGGCUCCGAUGAAUAUUUAUCACGUUUUGAAUGGGUUGGAGAUAAUCAACUACUCACAGAAUAUGUAUAUCUUCUGUCACUUGGUUGGAAUCUCUUCAACUUGCGUCAAUCCAAUCGUCUAUGCUUUAGUUAAUGAAUCAUUCAGAAAUGCUCUGCAGUCUAUGAUACUCCAAUUCCGACCAUGUUACGUUACCACUACUGGUACAGCUGCAACCAAUGUUUAUGCUUAUUCUGCUACUUCAAAAGCUGAAAAUGUUACUUUGAUGCGUGACCCAUUCUCCACAACUACACGUGGAAACGAACGUGCUGAUAAUGUUUGA